AUGCUGGACAUGAGCGAGGCCCGUGCCCAGCCGCCCUGCAGCCCGUCCGGCACCGCCAGCUCCAUGUCGCACGUGGAGGACUCGGACUCCGAUGCGCCGCCGUCGCCUGCCGGUUCCGAGGGCCUGGGCCGCGCGGUGGGCGCGGGGGGCGGCGGCCGGGGCGACGCGGCCGAGGCGGCGGACGAACGCUUCCCGGCCUGCAUCCGCGACGCCGUGUCGCAGGUGCUCAAGGGCUACGACUGGAGCCUGGUGCCCAUGCCGGUGCGCGGCGGUGGCGGCGGCGCGCUGAAGGCCAAGCCUCACGUGAAGCGGCCCAUGAACGCAUUCAUGGUGUGGGCGCAGGCGGCGCGCCGCAAGCUGGCCGAUCAGUACCCGCACCUGCACAACGCGGAGCUCAGCAAGACGCUGGGCAAGCUGUGGCGCUUGCUGAGCGAAAGCGAGAAGCGCCCCUUCGUGGAGGAGGCGGAGCGGCUACGGGUCCAGCACAAGAAGGACCAUCCGGAUUACAAGUACCAGCCGCGCCGCAGGAAGAGCGUGAAAGCAGGCCAGGGCGACUCUGACUCCGGAGCCGAGCUGGGCCCCCACCCCAGCGGUGCCGUGUACAAGGCGGACGCGGGCCUCGGUGACGCGCACCACCACGGCGACCACACAGGGCAGACCCACGGGCCGCCCACCCCGCCCACCACCCCCAAGACGGACCUGCACCACGGGGGCAAGCCGGAGCUGAAGCCGGAAGGCCGCCGUCUGGCAGACAGCGGGCGCCAGAACAUCGACUUCAGCAACGUGGACAUCUCAGAGCUGAGCAGCGAGGUCAUCGGCAACAUGGACACCUUCGACGUGCACGAGUUCGACCAGUACCUGCCCCUCAACGGCCACUCGGCCCUGCCCGCGGAGCCCGGCCAGCCAGCCGCCGGCUCCUACGGGGGCGCCUCCUACUCACACUCGGGGGCAGCCGGCCUCGGGGCGUCCCCUGUGUGGGCCCACAAGGGAGCCCCGUCGGCCUCGGCGUCGCCCACCGAGACGGGCCCCCCGCGGCCGCACAUCAAGACGGAGCAGCUGAGCCCCAGCCACUACGGCGACCAGUCGCACGGUUCCCCGGGCCGCGCCGACUACGGCUCCUACAGUGGCCAGGCCAGCGUCACCACGGCGGCCCCGGCCGCGGCCGCCAGCUCCUUCGCCAGCUCGCAGUGCGACUACGCCGACCUGCAGGCCCCCAGCUACUACAGCCCGUACCCCGGCUGCCCGUCCAGCCUCUACCAGUGCCCCUACUUCCACCCUUCCCGUCGGCCCUACGCCUCGCCCCUGCUCAGCGGCCUCUCCGUGCCGCCCGCCCACAGCCCGCCCGGCAACUGGGACCAGCCUGUGUAUACUACCCUGAGCAGACCCUGAGGGCGCCGUGGCCCGUGGGGGGGACUGGCGUCGGAGAGGGAGAACCUUUAUCUCAGCAAAGACAGAGCCUCGGGUCUUCCGGAAGGGGUGCAGAGGCAGAGGGAGAGGAGACGGCGGCUCCGGGCAAGGGCCUGCUGACGUCUGCGGGCAGCCACGCUUGGAGCCCGACGCCCCGUUGCUUCCAGAUCUCCCCGCUCCCUUCGGCCAACAAAGCCCUCUUUUCCUUGUCGCUCGCUCUUGGCGGUGACUGGUGACUGCGCGGGGGACGGCCGUCGGGCCCUCUUCCCUGCAGACAGCAGCCCCUUGGUUUUGCAUCUCAGUGGACCCGAGGCAGCCACAGCACAAAACAAAAAGGAGGGACGAGGCGCGGGGGCUCCGGCCGCCCGUCUCCCGGGGUCCCCGCCAGCCUCGCGCCGGGAGCCCACGGGACCAGCGGCAUCCGCAGCCUGGCGAGAAUGCGUCUGUGGGAGCACCUCUCGGGACCAGCCCGUCAGCUCCGAGGGGCUCCCACAACGCAGGCUCUACCCAGCGAGGUUUGGCUGGGACUAACGCUUCCCUCGUUUUAUUUUAUUUUAUUUUUUAAGUUUUGUUUUUGAAGCUUAAACACGUUCGAUUUGUUUUGGAAGCUGUUGAAACGUAUUUAUGUUCUGUAUUAUUUUAUCUUUAAUUAAGUAAUUUGUGCAGAAAGUAGGAUUUCAAACAAAACGGAGGCCGGGUUGCUGAGCUCCAGGGCCAGGAGGACGCGUGGGGUGGGGGCCCUGGGGCUCCAGGCCCCGGGGAGGUGGCCGG